AUGCAGGCCAUGAUGAGACUUUGCAUGGCCGUGGCCUUAGCCGCGGUUGCGGCAGCGAUUCCGCAGCCUUCGCCUUGGCCAACCGUGUUCCAUGCUUACAUGUUGAAGAACCGCAGCGGCCAGCUGCGACACACAGAUCUCUUCUAUGACUGGCCCUACGGUGGGAACCUCCAUAUUGACAGGAGCCCCGGACAAGCACCGUUCUAUGACAACGAGCGCCAAAACGGCAGCACGUACUACUACACGCCAAAUGGUACCUGCAAGGUCAUAGAGAUGGGCGUGGGGCUCCUGCCGCCGAACUGGCUGGAGGAUGCCCACUACGGCGGAAAGCAAGCCGUCGUGUCACCGACAGAUCAGUCCAUUCGAAACUGUCGCCUCCUCGGAUUGUGUACUUUCUUCUCGGCAGAGGUGUGUGUUGGCACACCCCCUCAAUGCUUCGAUGCAGUUGCGGACACCGGCAGUGACAACAUCAUUGUGCCAUCUUGCAUCUGUGACGAGGUGCAGAGCACCGGAUGUGGCAGGCAUGACAGGUGCUUUCGAGGAACGAACAGGUCCACGACCUUCUCCAUUCCAUCGAACCCGACCAUCGCCCAGCUGACUUUUGGCAGCGGCCCCAUCGAGGUGGCCGUAGCCAGCGAUAUAGUCAACGUCUCUGGAGUUUCAGCCACCAUGACAAACGGUGUGUUGCUGAUCCUCAGCCGAGCAGCGCUGCAGGUGUCCGGGGAAUUUCAAGGCAUCCUGGGGCUGGGUCUACCCCAAGACCCCGUCGCAGCUCACGCUGACUCUUCAACGGUUAUGGCCCAAACCAAGGAGCCGGACUACUCAGGCAUCAUGGAGGCCGUAAUUUGCUUGAUCCUUCCACAGCUUUGUGCUGCUGCUGCUCCGCAGCCAAAGCCGCAAGCCCAACCACUUGAGACCAAGCUGUUCCUUGAAAUGGCACACAUCGAUCGCUUUUCGAUGUGCUUCCAAGACGGAGAGCGACCUGGCGCCUUAAGAUUCAACAUCCCUCCGCUGUCACGGCCCAUCCCGCAGGUUGGAAAGCUGCACUGGGGUAUCAGCUUCUUCGGUUUGUCUACUGGCCCUCGAAAUGGGCCUUCGGAUGCAGGCGUUCUGUUUUGCGGUCCGGAGACAAUGAGCAAAGGCAUGACCAGUCCGUGUGGCAUCAUUCCUGAUUCCGGUACGACGCUGAUAACUGGACCGUCGCAGCAGGUAAAGCUCUUGCAAGCGGAGCUCUGCAGUAGGUGGCCCAGGUGCAGAGAGCAGUCGCUUGGGCGGCCCAGCGCCUUCCAUUUUGGAAUGGUGCUGCAAAACUGCUCCCAGUGGCUACACGAGUCGGGCUUGGCCGAAAUUCCUUCAAUUUUCCUUCACAUAAAAGUGGCCGAAGAACGAACAGAGCUCUUCGAGUUGACGUCUUGGGCGUGGGUGACAGAAACCGUGGUUGACAGCAAGUCGGUUUGCAUGCCAGGCUUUGGCGAAAUGGAGUAUACGACUGCAGAACAUGGCCCUGUGUGGAUCCUGGGAACGCCGCUUUUCUAUGAGUACAACGUGGGCUAUGACAUGCAGAACAGGCAGGUAUCACUGGAGCGAGGCCAUGUGUGGACAAAGGGUGAUGCUAUGGGAAACUACACAGGUCCCUUCAUCACCUACUUUGAAGAUGAAGUGACAAAGACCCCAGCACGUUGGGUUUUCUUUGAUGGUAUGUCCUUCGAUAUCCUUAGCUGGGAGCCCGGCAAGAAGGCGACACCAGCCGAGUGGCAGCUUCCUGCAUCUUGUUUCUCCAGCGCGGCUGCAGAGAGCCCUGCGCAAUCUUCAGAGGUUGAUUAUUUUCACGGCGCGUUGAGAUUGCAGAGCAGUCGCUCUGCAACUCCUCUGAUGAUGGUGUGA